CUAGCUUUUACAUCAGAAUGUCGGUUUCACCCGAGCUGGUAUUUUAAAAACGAGUUUUUAUUUUUGUGUUUUUCCUUUCCCGAGCACCGUUUCUGGCACGUACACAGGAACAUCUGUGGGACGAAGGAUUCUACUUCUCGAGACACAGCGGAAGAGGGCAGCUCCGGGACGUGGCACAGCACUGAAGAUUGAUGCAUGAGGGGCAUCCAGAGGCGCUGGAGCAGUGGUGAUGGUUUGGGAAGCAGAGCUGAAGUGCACUGGGCUUUGGUGAGGUGUGACAGUUUAUCAUGACGGUGUUCAGGCAGGAAAACGUGGAUGAUUACUACGACACCGGCGAGGAACUUGGCAGCGGACAGUUUGCAGUGGUGAAGAAAUGCCGUGAGAAAAGCACCGGUGUGCAGUAUGCCGCCAAGUUCAUCAAGAAGCGGAGGACCAAGUCCAGCCGGCGGGGAGUGAGCCGAGAGGACAUCGAGCGGGAGGUCAGCAUCCUGAAGGAAAUCCAGCAUCCGAACGUCAUCACUCUGCAUGAGGUGUAUGAGAGCAAGACCGACGUCAUUCUGAUCCUGGAGCUUGUUGCAGGUGGUGAACUGUUUGACUUCUUAGCUGAAAAGGAAUCUCUGACUGAAGAGGAAGCAACUGAAUUUCUCAAGCAAAUUCUUAAUGGUGUCUACUACCUGCACACCCUUCAGAUUGCCCACUUCGAUCUUAAGCCUGAGAACAUAAUGCUUUUGGAUAGAAAUGUUCCCAAACCUCGGAUCAAAAUCAUCGACUUUGGCUUGGCCCAUAAAAUUGACUUUGGAAAUGAAUUCAAGAACAUAUUCGGAACGCCAGAGUUUGUUGCUCCUGAGAUAGUCAACUAUGAACCUCUGGGUCUCGAGGCAGAUAUGUGGAGUAUCGGGGUAAUAACCUAUAUUCUCUUAAGCGGGGCCUCCCCAUUUCUUGGGGACACUAAGCAAGAAACGUUAGCAAAUGUGUCUGCGGUCAACUAUGAAUUUGAGGAAGAAUACUUCAGUAAUACCAGUGCCCUAGCCAAAGAUUUCAUCAGAAGACUUCUGGUCAAGGAUCCAAAGAAGAGGAUGACAAUUCAGGAUAGUCUGCAGCAUCCCUGGAUCAAGCCUAAAGAUACACAACAAGCACUUAGUAGAAAAGCAUCAGCAGUAAAUAUGGAGAAAUUCAAAAAGUUUGCGGCACGGAAAAAAUGGAAACAAUCUGUUCGCUUGAUAUCACUCUGCCAAAGAUUGUCCAGGUCAUUCCUGUCCAGAAGUAACAUGAGUGUUGCCAGGAGUGAUGAUACUCUGGAUGAGGAAGACUCCUUUGUGAUGAAAGCCAUCAUCCAUGCUAUCAACGAUGACAACGUCCCAGGCCUGCAGCACCUUCUGGGCUCAUUGUCCAACUAUGAUGUUAACCAACCCAACAAGCAUGGGACACCUCCGUUACUCAUUGCUGCUGGCUGUGGGAAUAUUCAAAUACUACAGCUGCUCCUAAAACGAGGCUCAAGAAUUGAUGUCCAGGAUAAGGGUGGAUCCAAUGCUGUGUACUGGGCCUCUCGGCAUGGCCACGUGGAUACUUUGAAAUUUCUCAAUGAGAACAAGUGCCCUUUGGAUGUUACAGACAAGUCUGGAGAGACGGCCCUUCACGUGGCAGCUCGUUAUGGCCAUGCUGACGUGGUUCAGCUCCUGUGCAGCUUCGGAUCUAAUCCCAACUUCCAGGACAAGGAAGAAGAAACCCCCUUGCACUGUGCCGCCUGGCAUGGCUAUUACUCUGUGGCCAGAGCCCUUUGUGAAGCUGGGUGUAAUGUGAACAUCAAGAACCGGGAAGGAGAGACGCCACUCCUGACAGCCUCUGCCAGGGGCUACCAUGACAUUGUGGAGUGUCUGGCUGAGCAUGGAGCUGACCUGAAUGCCUCCGACAAGGAUGAGCACAUCGCCCUUCACCUUGCUGUACGGCGGUGUCAGAUGGAGGUCAUCAAGACUCUCAUCAACCAAGGGUGUUUGGUCGACUUCCAAGACAGGCACGGCAACACCCCGCUUCAUGUGGCCUGCAAAGACGGCAAUGUGCCUAUCGUGGUGGCCCUCUGUGAAGCAGAUUGUACUUUGGACGUCUCAAACAAGUAUGGACGGACACCCCUACACCUUGCGGCCAACAAUGGGAUCCUCGAUGUGGUCCGGCACCUCUGUCUGAUGGGUGCCAACGUGGACGCGCUGACCUCGGAUGGAAAGACAGCAGAGGAUCUUGCUAAGUCGGAGCAGCAUGAGCAUGUGGCUGGUCUCCUCACAAGGCUCCGAAAGGACACACACCGAGGGCUCUUCAUCCAGCAGCUCCGUCCCACACAGAACCUGCAGCCAAGAAUCAAGCUCAAGCUCUUUGGCCACUCAGGGUCCGGGAAAACCACCCUGGUGGAAUCUCUCAAGUGUGGCCUGCUGAGGAGCUUCUUCCGAAGGCGCCGGCCCCGCCUCUCCUCCACCAACUCCACUCGCUUCCCACCAUCGCCUCUGGCUGCUAAGCCAACAGUCUCUGUGAGCAUCAACAACUUGUAUCCAGGCUGCGAGAACGUGAGUGUGAGGAGCCGCAGCAUGAUGUUCGAGCCAGGCCUCACCAAAGGGAUGCUGGAAGUGUUUGUGGCUCCAUCCCAUCACCUGCACUGCUCCACCGAUGACCAGUCCACCAAGGCCAUUGACAUCCAGAAUGCCUAUUUGAAUGGAGUUGGUGAUUUCAGUGUGUGGGAGUUCUCUGGAAAUCCAGUGUAUUUCUGCUGUUAUGACUAUUUUGCUGUAAAUGAUCCUACGUCGAUCCAUGUCAUUGUUUUUAGUCUAGAAGAACCUUAUGAGAUCCAGCUGAACCAAGUGAUUUUCUGGCUCAGUUUCCUAAAGUCUCUGGUCCCAGCAGAGGAGCCCAUAGCCUUUGGUGGUAAGCUGAAGAACCCACUCCGAGUGGUCUUGGUGGCCACCCAUGCUGACAUCAUGAAUAUCCCUCGUCCAGCUGGAGGCGAGUUUGGAUAUGACAAAGACAUGUCGUUACUGAAAGAUAUCAGGAACAGGUUUGGGAACGAUCUUCACAUUACAAAUAAAUUGUUUGUGCUUGAUGCUGGGGCUUCUGGGUCUAAGGACAUCAAGGUACUUCGGAAUCACCUCCAAGAAAUUCGGAGUCAGAUUGUCUCGGGCUGCCCCCCCAUGACUCACCUGUGUGAGAAAAUCAUUUCCACGCUACCAUCCUGGAGGAAGCUCAAUGGGCCCAACCAGCUGAUGUCACUGCAGCAGUUUGUGUAUGAUGUGCGAGACCAGCUGAACCCCCUGGCCAGUGAGGAGGACCUCAGGCGAAUUGCACACCAGCUCCACAGCACAGGCGAGAUCAACAUCAUGCAGAGUGAAACAGUACAGGAUGUGCUGCUCCUGGACCCUCGCUGGCUCUGCACCAAUGUUCUGGGGAAGCUGCUCUCAGUGGAUACGCCCCGGGCCCUGCACCACUACCGGGGUCGCUACACCAUGGAGGACGUCCAGCGCCUGGUGCCUGACAGCGAUGUGGAGGAGCUCCUGCAGAUCCUAGAUGCCAUGGACAUCUGUGCCCGGGACCUGAGCAGUGGGACUAUGGUGGACAUCCCUGCCCUGAUCAAGACUGAUAACCUGCAGCGCUCCUGGGCCGAUGAGGAGGAUGACGCCAUGGUGUAUGGUGGAGUGCGUAUUGUCCCCGUGGAACAUCUCACCCCCUUCCCAUGUGGCAUCUUUCACAAGGUGCAGGUGAACCUGUGCCGCUGGAUCCACCAGCAGAGCACUGAAGGUGAUGCCGACAUUCGCCUGUGGGUGAGUGGCUGCAAGGUCACCAACCGUGGGGCAGAGCUGUUGGUGUUGCAUGUCAACCAUGGCCAAGGCAUUGAGGUGCAGGUGCGUGGGCUGGAGACUGAGAAGAUCAAGUGCUGUCUGCUGCUGGACUCAGUAUGCAGCACCAUUGAGAACGUCAUGACCACCACGUUACCAGGGCUGCUGACGGUGAAGCACUACCUGAGCCCACAGCAGCUGCGGGAGCACCACGAGCCCAUCAUGGUCUACCAGCCACGGGACUUCUUCCGAGCCCAGACCCUGAAGGAAAGUUCCUUGACCAACACUAUGGGUGGGUACAAAGAGAGCUUCAGCAGCAUCACCUGCUUCGGCUGUCACGAUGUCUACUCCCAGGCUAGCCUUGGUAUGGACAUCCAUGCGUCAGACCUGAGCCUCCUGACCCGUAGGAAACUGAGCCGCCUGCUGGACCCUCCUGACCCCAUGGGGAAGGACUGGUGCCUUCUUGCCAUGAACUUGGGCCUCCCUGACCUCGUGGCCAAGUACAACACCAACACUGGAGCUCCUGGGGACUUCCUCCCCAGCCCAGUGCAUGCUGUGCUGCAAGAAUGGACCUCCUACCCGGAGAGCACUGUGGGCAUCCUCGUGUCCAAACUGAGGGAGCUAGGUCGCCGGGAUGCUGCUGACUUUUUACUUAAGGCCUCUUCUGUGUUCAAAAUCAACCUCGAUGGCAGUGGCCAAGAGGCAUAUGCCUCAAGCUGCAACAGUGGCACAUCCUACAAUUCCAUUAGCUCUGUCGUGUCCCGGUGAGGGUGGCCUCAGCAUGAUCAAUACCUCCUCAACUGCAGAAGCAAAGGGGUGUGAUCCAUCCUUCCACUGGAGUCCAGGACACCCCUUCCUGCACCCACACCCCUAAGAUACCACAGUCCCUCUGCUCCGCCUGUCUCCCGCCUCUGCCUCCCUGCCUCUCCCACUCUCUGUGUGGGGAUGGUUUUUCUUAUCAAGAUCAGACCACACCCUUCGUUUUGGCCACUCGGAAACCUGGAGGCCCUCUUCGGGUUUAGGACUCUAUCUCUCAUCUACAUUACUUUCCUUUCACUGACAGUUUUAUUGGAAUUCCAAACUUUUCAAUGAAAUUUUUUAAACUAGUUUAUUGAUUAUCCUUUUAAAAAAGGAAAGAAAAUGCACAUUUAUUUGCAAUGUGUAUUUCUUACACUCUCUUCUUAUACUAGCUCCUCAGCUUCUCUCUUUUGUAUUUGUAGGAAACUCUCAUGCUUGGACUCCACUGUGUGAUUUAUAAAUAGACAAUGUGAGUGCCUUUUGCAGAAGAGGGUGUGUUUGAAAUCAUCUGAGUCAGCCAGGAGCUGUCACCAAGGAAAUGCUACCUCUCUGUCCCUUGCUGUAUGCUGAUUGUCACUAGAGGUGCUUCACCUUGAGUUUUUUUGUUUUUGUUUUGGAUGGGAAUGGGCAAUAUCUGUUUUUUUGUUUGGCAAGGAAAGGGGAGAAAAGAAUCUUCCUCCAGAGUGAUUUCAUGGCCAGUGUUGUUGCUGUGAGAUGUUUCCCAGUUUGCUUUUGUUGAAAUGUCCACAUGAACAUGCACAGAAAGCGCACAGACUGCCACGCUCGGUCAUUCCUCUCAUCUCAGGUAGAACAAGGCGACACAGUUCCAGAGCUAUGGAGACCUGUGUAAGAAUGCAGAAGACCUGGACUCAGAAUUUGCGGCAGUGUGUUGUCAUUGGUGCAUAGCAGAUAGCUUCCACAUGUAGAUCCUGGUUGGAUAACUUCUUAUACUUGAAGUCUUAAAAGAAAAUGAAGGAUGCAGGUUUUCUUGCAGUGAUAUGAAAUUGUGAUAGAAUUUUAAAUUGAUAUGAGGGAACAUGUUUUAAUUCUUCUGUCCUAAGAAGCAUGUAUGUUAAUGUUCUAUCAUCUAUAUAUCACUAUAUAUAUAGAUAUCUACAUCUAUAUAUAUAUAUGUGCACUAUGUAUAUACAUAUAUAUGAAUACUGGUAUUUUUACUUAAUCUAUAAGAUGUCUUAAAAGAAUUAAGCUUGUUUUUUUCCCUUUUUUUAAAAAAAUAAACCAUUGCUUAUUGCAUUGGA